CGAAAAUAGUCCAAAUAAAUAAAAAACCCUGAAUGAGUAGCUGUGUCCACACUCUUGACUGGUACUGUAUGUAAAUAAGGUAUUUCUGUUUUUUAUUUAAAUUUUUAAAUGUAUUUUUUCAUCCAUUUUAGAAUAAGGCUGUAAAGUAACAAAAUAUGGAAAAGUCAAGGGGUCUGAAUACUUUCCGAAUGCACUGUAUAUCACCUUACAUACAAUUAUUUUUGAUUGACAACCCAGAAUUGUGUGAUUGGAUUGCUGAUAUAACCUUAUAGCACCAAGUUAAAAGGUGUUUGCGCAGAUAUAACUUUCUGAUUUAAAAUGGUUUUAUUGUCAAUGUACUUUUUUUAAACCAAAAUGUCAGAUAGAACCUUAUAGUCAGUCCCAUGGUCACGAUUUGUAACUGGGAUAUCAUGUCAGAGCUAAAUAGCCUAUACUGGUAUCAAAAUAUUAAAUGUCUUAGAGCGAAGUCAACCCAUACCGUUCAGUUUAGCAAGCUCGGCAUUAUAUCCCUUCCCCAUAACCAAACCAAUACACUCCGGUAACAUGUGCGAGGUUUCUAUCACGUGUAGAAACAUUUCUUAGCAAAGCACAGUACUUUAAAAAAAAAAAAGCUAAUGAUUGACAACAGUGACAGCCAAUCAGUGAUAUAAUUCCGGGUAGCAACAAGAUAAAGAAAGUCAACACGUCCAAUCACAGCAAGGCAGGAGGCGUGUCACAUUCAACUGUACGAUAUGUUUACUUCCGUCAAUAUUUCCAGAGGAAAGCUGCGUUUCUCAAUACAACAACCUAAUCUCUCUCUAAGUGAAGGAUGCCUUUCUUGGGCCAGGACUGGAGGUCGCCAGGCUGGAGCUGGAUCAAGACCGAGGAUGGCUGGAAGAGGAUCGAGUUCUAUGGAAAUGAAUUGCGGGACAACAACAACGGAAUAGACUUGGAAGAGCUCUGCGACGAAAACAAAGAGAAUCUGUUUACUGGAAAUGUGUGCGAGGUAGUUGCCAAAAAGAGGAAAAAAGACUUCUACAACAACAACACCAAAUCACAGUUUGUUUACCAGGAGAAGUGGAUCUAUGUUCAGAAGGAGAGCACAAGAGAGAGACAUGGAUACUGCACGCUAGGGGAAGCCUUCAACCGUCUAGAUUUUUCCAGUGCCACUCAGGACAUCCAGAGAUUUACCUAUGUGGCAAAACUCCUCCAGCUCAUAGCCAGGUCUCAGCUGCCGUCCCUCAGUGGAGCAGCUCAGAAGAACUACUUCAACGUGCUGGAGAAGAUCGUACGGAAGGUUCUGGAGGACCAUCAUAACCCUCGCCUUAUCAAGGAGCUGCUGCAGGACCUGAGCUCCACCCUGUGCAUCCUGACCCGGGGCAUGGGCAAGUCUGUCCUGGUGGGCAACAUCAACAUCUGGGUCUGCAGGCUGGAGACCAUCCUCAACUGGCAGCAGCAGCUCAACAACCUGCAGAUACCCAAGCAACUGUCCAAUGGGAUGACGCUGCGUGACCUGCCGCUAGACAUGCAGAACAACAUCCUGUACAAGUUCUCUGACGCCUGUGACAUCAUCAACCUGGGACAGGCCACGCCCACCCUUCACAUGCUCAGUGAGGGCCGGCACCUGUGGAAGAAGCUGUGCCAGUUUCACUUUGCAGAGAAACAGUUCUGCAGGCAUCUGAUCUUGUCAGAGAGGGGCCAUGUGGACUGGAAGGUCAUGUACUUCACCCUACAAAAAUACUACCCCAAGAGAGAGCAGUACGGAGACACACUGCACUUUUGCAGACACUGUAGCAUCCUCUUCUGGAAGGACUGCCACCUGGCCUUAUUAUUCAAGGACUCUGGACAUCCUUGUACAGCCAACGAUCCCGACAACUGCCUCGUGCCUAUUUCACCUCAGCACUUCAUAGACCUCUUCAAAUUCUAGACCUCCUUUUGAUACUCCAGACCAGGAGAGGGGUGACUUUUAUCCCCUCCUCGCCUUGCCUCUCCUCUCCGUGUAUAGUGUGUGUAAAAACAAAGGGCUCAGAGGAAGAAGACGUGUUUUGUUGUUUCAUAUUUUCUGCAUAUUUUUGACUGACUGAAAACAACAGCGGAAAAGAGGAGAUGAUAUAACAUUUUUGAGUGUGAGGCAUGGAUGGCAUUAAAGAGAACUACAGUGCUCAUUAUUGACACCUUGUUGGGAAAUAACAACUGAUUAUUCCAUGUGAUGGCUUGGUGGCCAUUUUAGGCCAGUUUGCCUACUGCUUCUUUUUGUUUGUUUCCUUGGUAACAGAAUGUAUGUCCAAUGUAGUUGUAGGUCUCUGUUUAUGUACAGUAUAUCUCCGUCUGUGUGUUUUCGCCCUGCAUAUUUGAGGCGUCAACACUAAAAAUAAAUGUACAUGUUUGCUGUAACAAUUACUUUUUACGAUACACCUUUUGUCAGAAGAACUUUCAAGUAGACAGUAAAAAAAUGAAAUGUAAACAUGACUUUAUGUGGGGGUUUGUAAUAUUGCUUUAACAUUCCAACUGAUAUGUAACUUACGGCUACUCUUGUUGGUAUUAUCAUUAAUUUCCUGGGAUAGAAGCAUUCUAAUUAUAAAAAAUAAUAAAGUUGUUCAUGGAUGUGGUUGCUAUGGCAA